GCUCCGCGGCUGCUCUCCUGGCACCCGCGGCUGGCUAGUGUUCUGCACCCCGGUGAGUGAUCCCUUAGGCGGGCGGCGGGCGGUCUCCUGUGUGGAGGAAAGUGAAGUCCCCGCAGCUCCGAUCCGGGCGUCCUCUCCACGGCACGAGGUCGGGGUCUCCGGGCAGAGAAGGCGAGCGUGGAGCGUGCCGCGGGCGCUGGUUUGAGGAACCGCAGCGCCUGAAAUGGGUUUGCGAGUCAUGCCUGUUCAUUCCUGGGAGACGGGACUUCGGUGAAGCCGCGGCUGCUGUCAGCUCGGGUGCCACGGGCGAUCUCCUGGGGUUGGUGUGCCAUAUGGCGCUCCGUCGCUCCUGUCCUAACGAGGAAAUAUUUACUCGAGAUUUACUUAGCCUAGAAGAAACCGAAGUUUCAUGAAAUUUAACUUGACACCAUGGGGAUUCAGGGACUGCUUCAGUUCAUCAAGGAAGCUUCGGAACCCAUCAACGUGAAGAAAUACAAAGGGCAGGCAGUAGCUGUGGAUACCUACUGUUGGCUCCACAAAGGAGCUAUUGCUUGUGCUGAAAAGCUAGCCAAAGGGGAACCUACAGAUAGGUAUGUAGGAUUUUGUAUGAAGUUUGUUAAUAUGCUGCUGUCCCAUGGGGUCAAGCCCAUUCUCGUUUUUGAUGGAUGUACCUUACCUUCUAAAAAGGAAGUGGAGAGAUCUCGACGAGAGAGACGACAAAGCAACCUUCUUAAGGGGAAGCAGCUCCUGCGAGAGGGCAAGGUGUCGGAAGCACGGGACUGCUUCACCCGCUCUGUCAACAUCACACACGCCAUGGCCCACAAAGUGAUAAAAGCUGCUCGGGCCCUGGGAGUGGACUGCCUGGUGGCUCCCUAUGAAGCUGAUGCUCAGUUAGCCUAUCUUAACAAAACUGGAAUUGUGCAAGCCGUCAUCACAGAGGACUCGGACCUCCUCGCCUUUGGCUGUAAGAAGGUGGUUUUGAAAAUGGACCACUUUGGAAAUGGACUGGAAGUGGACCAGGCCCGGCUGGGCAUGUGCAAGCAGCUUGGGGACGUGUUCACGGAGGAGAAGUUUCGGUACAUGUGUAUCCUGUCAGGCUGCGACUACCUCUCCUCCCUGCGUGGGAUCGGCUUAGCAAAGGCCUGCAAAGUGCUGAGACUGGCCAAUAACCCAGAUAUCGUCAAGGUUAUCAAGAAAAUUGGGCAUUACCUGAAGAUGAACAUAACGGUGCCUGAGGAUUACAUCACAGGAUUUAUUCGAGCCAACAAUACUUUCCUCUACCAGCUGGUGUUCGACCCCAUCCAAAGGAAGCUGGUCCCUCUGAAUGCUUACGGAGAUGACGUUAACCCGGACACCCUGAGUUAUGCUGGGCAGUAUGUCGAUGAUUCUGUGGCUCUGCAAAUAGCCCUUGGAAACAGAGAUGUAAAUACUUUGGAGCAGAUUGACGACUACAGUCCCGACACUAUGCCUGUCCACUCAAGAAGUUAUAGCUGGAAUGACAAAGUGUGUCAGAAGUCACCUAAUAGCAUAUGGCACAGAAACUAUUGUCCUAGACUUGAGGCGAAUGGUGUUUCCCAUGCUCCUCGGUUGAUGGAAAAUUCAAGCACUCUGGGCCUUAAACAAGUAAUUACCACUAAAGGGUUAAAUCUUCCCAGGAAGUCUUCCAUGGUAAAGAGACCAAGAAAUGAGGCUCUGUCCGAAGAUGACCUAUUGGGUCAGUAUUCGUCAUUUACAAAGAAGACCAAGAAAAACAGCUGUGGAGAUAGCGCAUCUUCUAACUCUUCCGAAAUAUCUGUGCCCAACCUGGAUAAUGGGAUGGUUCACGGGAUAGAUGCACACACUCCGUCUAGGAUAAGGAAUAAAUUCGCAGUGUUUUUACAGAGGAAGAACGCGGACAGUGGUGCAGUUGUAGUUCCGGGCACCAGAAGCAGGUUUUUUUGCAGUUCUCCAGAUUUUGACAACUUCGUACCUAAAAAAGCAAGCAUUCAACCUCUGAAUGAAACUGCUGUAACAGGCAAAGCCACUACCAGUCUCAGAGCACCAGACUGUCCAGAUACUAAAGGCCUCGGAGCACCGGACUGUCCAAGCACCGAAAGCCUUGGAGCACCGGACUGUCCAGGCACAGAGGGUCUCAGAGCAUCAGACAGUCCAGACACAGAGGGCCUCGGAGCACCGGACUGUCCAGGCACAGAGGGUCUCAGAGCAUCAGACAGUCCAGACACAGAGGGCCUCGGAGCACCGGACUGUCCAGGCACAGAGGGUCUCAGAGCAUCAGACAGUCCAGACACAGAGGGCCUCGGAGCACCGGACUGUCCAGGCACAGAGGGUCUCAGAGCAUCAGACAGUCCAGACACAGAGGGCCUCGGAGCACCGGACUGUCCAGGCACAGAGGGCCUUGGAGCGUCAGACAGUCCAGACACAGAGGGCCAGAAGCUGGUUGCUGUAAAUGGGACACAGGAUCCAAGUGCUCAGAUCCCAGGCAAUGAGACUGUGUCUCCUGAUGAUGAGGCUCAGUCUGAGACCAGCAAAUUUGUGGGGACUGUUUCCCCGCCCACUCUGGGGACACUAAGAAGUUGUUUCAGUUGGUCAGGAACUCUGAGAGAUUUUUCAAGAACUCCCAGUCCCUCUCCAAGCACUGUGUUGCAGCAGUUCCGCAGAAGGAGCGAGUCCUCCACCUGGCUGCCCAAGACCUGUGCUGUGACUGACACCUGUCAGUCAAAGAAUGAGAUGUCAAGUACUAAGUCUCCGCCCUUGCAUGAGGUGGGCCAGGCCUCCCGAUCUCAGGAAAGCAUAGACUCUCUGUACAGUUUAAAUGCUUCGAGUCUUUCCCAGCCUUCCAGUAAGGAUUCGGAUUCAGAGGAAUCGGACUGUAACAAUACGUCACUUGAUAAUCAAGGCAGUGAGAACUCCAAGCAACAGUCGCCUCCCUUUUCAAAGAAGGACACACUUGUAAGGAACAAGGUUCCUGGGCUGUGUAGGGCUAGUUCUAUGGACUGUCUUUCUACCACCAAGAUCAAGCCCCUGGUGCCAGCCCGAGUCAGUGGCCUGAGCAAGAAGCCAGGAAGCAUCCAGAAGAGAAAACACCGUGAUGCGGAGAACAAGCCAGGGCUGCAGAUAAAGAUCAGCGAGCUCUGGAAAAACUUCGGGUUUAAAAAAGAUUCUGAAAAGAUUUCUUCUUGUAAGAAGCCCCUGUCUCCAGUCAAGGAUAACAUCCAGCUCACUCCCGAGACAGAAGAUGAAAUCUUCAACAAACCUGAGUGUGCGCGUGCUCAGAGAGCGAUAUUCCACUAAGUGAGGGCCGCUGCCUUCAGGAAAACCUUUCCAAUUCGAGAGAUUUAUUGCUGUCAAUGCCAUUUUUAAAAUGGAAUACAUUUUGUAUAUUAACUUAGUGACUUUCUUUUGCUUAGCUUUUUAUAUUUUCAUGGAAAGCUAAAUAGAAGAAUAAAUCUGUCUUUGACAUUUCUGGGACUUCAGUGCUAAUUUGGGCAAAUCUGACACUGAUAACAAUCUAAAGGAUUUUCUAACGUCAGUAGAGAAUGGAAAAUGGGAAUAAAUAAAUGGAAAGCCACAGAUCUGUAGUCACUCAUACCCAAGAAUGGA